AUGGACAAAGCCAGCUUGGAAAGCCUGGAGGCCGAGUUUCGCUCACUCCUGUCCAACGAGGUGGCACGAAUGAAGUCAAUGGGCCUGCAAAGCCGGCCAGAAAAUGAAACUGACAAAACACGCCUGAGACUUCACAACACCUAUCGACACGCGCAGCGACUUCUCAUUGGGCUUGAUUCGAAUCAACCCCCCCAGGGCGCCGACAACCCCGCAGUUGCCAAUGGUCUUGCAAAGGAGCCCUAUUGCCCUGAAAGUUCACGAGCCAUUCGAGCCUUGCGACGAAGCGCAGCAGCAGAGCACCGAGAGAACCUUCAAAAUAAUACGUCUACCACCAAAAAGUCUAAAAAAAGAAAGAGGACCAAAGAUCAUGACGACCCCGAGGCCUCUAGCAAGGGCAGCCGCAAAAAGCAGAAGAAAGAGGUGGCUAAACAGCCUAGCAGUGGCGUGGUUGUCCGGCCUUUCCCAAUCAAAAAGAAAGAUAGCGGAAUUUCUGUCUUAGAGCAAUGUAUUUGCACACUUUGGGGCAUCAAGUUCAGCGAUAUCAGCUCAGAAAGACGAUCCGUUGCGCAAAGAGUGCUCAGUCCCCAGCACAUCUUCAACCUCCCCCUUGUCCUCCACGACAUUCAAAGCGAGAUACCAGAUGAUCUCGACAAAACCUUUCAGCCAGGCCAAGACCGACGCUCCCAGGCAGCACUGUUUUGCCAUGUGAUUAAGUCAUACGGGACUCUCCGUAAAGCAGACUUCAACGUAUUUUAUGCUCGGAUGGGCAAGCUCUACCUCUACCGUCUCCUAACUGUGGAGGGUCACAUUACUUCGGUCCUUGCUCCCGAUGUCGCCUCCAUGUCUCCCUUUCCCUCGAAUACCAUCAUGAACUUCCUGAAGCAGGGAAGGAGGCUGAACAUGAUGUGUGGCGGCCACGUCGGCCUCAUCUUUCUGCUUCCUCUACUCCGAGAUGACGGAUGCGGUGAGGUACCACACAUCCCAACUUUUACGGAGCGCGAAUUGAAAUUUCUUAAUGAUCUGGUUCGAAAGGCUCGUACCGUCCGCACCCUGUGUUCUUUGGGUCUUAAUUUGAUCAAGGCUGCCAGUAGCGGAGAACAGCCCCCGCCGCAGGAACUGGCCGACCUUUCGCUUCAGCUCAUGGAUACUGAUUGCCUGGACGUGGAGAAGAUCCUGAAUCUUCUCGAUCCAUGGGCUGCGAGGCCAUGCAAGUGUGCCUGA